UCAAUGUUGUUUGUUGUCGAAUGGAUGGGUGUGGGUGGGUGGUGAACGGAACGGUGCGAGUUCAAACAGAGGUCAUCCGAUUUCCUGCCGUUCACUUUCUGUUUCAUCAGAAUCUCUUGCUUGUGUUUUCGUGAUUUGUCCCGGUUUAUUAAAAAGAAUUUCAACUCAGAACUAACACCAACCAUGGAGCUGAUCGGUAACGUGAAGAACUACGACUGGGGCAAGCUGGACGCGGACUCGUACGUGGCCAAGUUGGCAUCGGCAAACGACGACAAGUUUACCCCGGAAAAGGGCAAGCCCUAUGCGGAACUGUGGAUGGGUGAUCACUGCAGUGGGCCUUCGUUGGUGAAGGGGAGUGGGGAGGAAUUGGGCGCGUUCAUAGGGCAGGAUUUGGCGGGUAAUGUUGGAGUAGGCCAGGAAAAGCUGACCUAUCUGUUCAAGGUUUUGAGUAUUCGAAAGGCGCUUAGCAUUCAGGUGCAUCCCAAUAAGGAAGAAGCUGAAAAGUUACACGCACAAUUUCCGGAUGUAUACAAAGACCCGAACCACAAACCGGAACUGGCCAUUGCGUUAACCGAUUUCCAAGCCAUGUGUGGUUUUCGUCCAUACGAGGAGAUUCACAGGCUUCUCUCGGCGUGGCCAGAGAUCGAAACCUUACUCGGCCGGGAUAAAAUCGAGAGUCUCAAAUCUGGCGGAGAAUCCGCAUUGAAGAAUCUCUACGCUUCGCUUAUGCACAGCAAGCCGGAACAGUUGGAGCAGUGCAUCAGCGGAAUGGUGGCCAAAAUUACCUCGAAAACCGAUCGCUCCGAGCUGGACAACUUAUUCCUUCAGUUGCACAAAGACUUCCCCAACGACGUGGGCCUCCUCUCGAUCUACUUCCUAAACGUUCUAAACCUGAAACCCGGUCAGGCAAUCUACCUGGCGGCCAACGUACCCCACGCGUACAUCUCCGGCGAUUGCAUCGAAUGCAUGGCCUGUUCGGACAACGUGGUUCGGGCCGGCCUCACCCCCAAGUUCAAAGACGUGGACACCCUGCUGCGGUUGGUCAGCUACGCGGGCGCUCCAGCCCAGGACAAUCUCUACCAACCGGUCCAGCUAGAUCCAGAAGCACAACCCCACACCAGGACGUUCAUUCCUACGGUGCCGGACUUUGCCGUGGCAGAGAUUAAGGUUCCGACGGGGGUCGCCCGGUACAGCGUGACGAAUCGACCGCACGGAUGUAUUCUGUUGGUUUGUUCCGGGAAGGCGGUGUUGAAGUCGGAGGGGCUCGGAGAUGUUCCGCUGGAGUUCGGGAAGAUUGUGUUCGUACCGGCCAAAGCAGGGGAUAAAUUGGAGCUGCAGAUUGAGUGCGGCGAAGGAGAUUUCGUGGCAUAUCAAGCAAUGACCAAUGAUUUCUGAGCAUAAAUGUGAUUUUUUAAAUUAAUUUCAAAGUAAAAUGUUAUACCUAUUUCGGUUUGUUUUAAAUUAUUGCUAAAUUGUAAUAAUUAUCGUACUCUAACAAACAUUCUACACCAUAACAGUUAUGUUUAGGUAAAUUCCAAAAAUAUGUUAUUUAAAGACGGAAAUAAAACUUAAUCUUCAAAAUUUGUGGGCAUCACCCUUUUUAUGCAUUUGGUUAAAUAAAAAAAAAAGUCUUUGA